GUCGCAAGCAAAUGACGUCGAAGUUCUUUUCUUAGGCCCCUUUUGCUCGUGCUCCCGGAUACGGCUCGUACUUUAGGGCCCCACAGCACACUACCACCUGUUUUUCCACGUCUUUCCUGCAGGCCCAAGCAGACUCUGGCUUUUCAACAACGCUGUCAACACGCUAGCCCAAGAGUCUUGGCCAGCUUUGUUUGCAAGGCUCUACAGCAAGCUCUGAUAAGAAUAGAAAAAGAGGCGACCUAGGAAGGAUGGGCUGGUUGCCGGGGGUUAAAAUUAUGCAGGCACUCCCGAAAGGCUGACACUUCUGAUCAUCACUGCGUGAUAAGUAUAUUACUUGUAGCUACUUCUCGUACCUGCUUUCUUCCUCUCUUCUUUUCUCUCUCUUCAAUCGACAUCAACAAAUCCAACUCUUACGCUCACACAAAUCUUCCAACUUCACAAACAAACAACUUCAAUCGCAAAAAUGAGAUUCUCCGCCCUUUUUGUUCUGGCUUCUGCCACCGCUGCUCUUGCUGCCAACUCCACUCCCGCUCUUUUCGCCCGUCAGAGCGAGGGUGCUACCUGCUCUAGUGGCGAGUCUGCUUGCGGUCAGGGAUGCUACGACCCCACCGCCUACACAUGCUGUGGUUCCGCCGGCCAGGUCUGCGCUAUUAGCGAAUACUGCGCCAGCGCCAACCGCUGCUGCCCCAUCGGUGCCAACUGUGACGGUCAGGGCACUUCUACCGCCGAGGGCAGCUCUGCCACCGCCGUACAAUCUGGAUCCACCAUUCUCGGAAGCUCUGCUUCUGCAACUUCGUCCAUGUCUUCUGCUUCCUCUUCUGCAUCUUCGGCCGCUGCUUCUUCAGCCUCUUCUGUUUCAUCGAGUCUGACAUCAAGCGCCGCAGCCGCCUCGUCAGCCGCUUCUUCUGCCUCAAGCAGUGUCAGCUCAGCUGCUUCCAGCGCCAGCUCUAGCAUGUCUUCUGCUGCUUCUUCCGCUUCCCGCUCGGCCUCUUCCGCUGCUUCUUCCGCUUCUCGCUCUGCUUCAUCUUCUGCUUCAUCUGCUUCUCGCUCUGCUUCAUCCGCUGCUGCUUCUGCUUCCAGCUCGGCUGCCGCUACUUCUUCCGGCGCUGCUGUCGCGGGUACCGUCACCAACUUCGGUCUCGCACUUCUUGGUUUCGCUGCUCUUAUCUAAGCAUCUCCGUUGACGAAUGCCGAUGGAUGCAGUGAAGCGGAGGAUUUCCAGGAGCUUUCUUCCUUUCUCAAGAUUAUGUCAGACGAAAGAGUCUGGCUGGUUGUACCCAAUGUAUUUAUGAUACCGGGAGAUUUGCAUUGUUAAUAAAUAGGGAUAUACCUGUAUGAACUAGACUUAUAUAUCAGCUGGUCC